AUGACGAACAACGUCUCAACUCUCCUUACCGUUGACGAUACCGACCCCCGCUUGAUCUAUGAAGGCUCAUGGACCGAGUCCGAGAGCUCAGGAGAAUACGAUUCGACAGCCCACGGUACCGUAAUCGCCGGUUCGUCGGUGCUAUUUGUCUUCAACGGCACAUUCGUCGCCGUGUACGGCACAGUCGGAACAUCUGGGAGUAACUCAAGCUAUGUCUUGGACGCUCUACCACCCGUUCAAUAUAGCGCGCCUCCAUUUGCAUCACCAGUUUAUAACCAAGCCUUUUACUCCUCUGAGAUUCUCACGAACGGGAAGCACAGCUUGAAUAUCACAUCAACUGCAGACGGGGAGAACUUCCUGCUCGACUAUUUGCAGUAUACUACCACGGACCUUGGGGCGGCAUCAGAGUCUUCGGCGCAUCCUGCACCGACUUCUUCCUCUAUCGGUCUGGCAAACUCCUCGAAGUCGCACAUGACACUCUCUGCUGGCGUGAUAUGUGGGAUUGUCAUUGGCAGCAUAGUCUUCUUGACUGUUGUCACAUGUAUCCUCCUUUGGAUGCGCAGUUGGUGCUGCUUCAGGAGCCUUCGCGGUAGAAAACUCCGGCGAGGAGACGAGGUUGACAUGCUUCUAUCGGACAUGCCAAAUGCCCCACCACCUACCAUGGAUAUUCUCCGUAAAUUCAAAGCAGAUCUCCACCCUUCUGCGGUGAACAUUCAUGCACCUCCGACCUCAUACGGCACCGAGUCAUCUGCCGUAUUUACCUCCGUCAUAUUCUUAACACCACCCGUGUCGACGGUUUCUGGCAAUUCUGCGGGAAAAAAUCGACAACAUCCUCGUAAUGUCUCAUAA